GCGUGGCGCAUCUGCAUUUCCCACUGAAUGUGCAACACUGCAUCAGUCGCAGAGUCUUACUCAUUGUGUUAGUUAGCUCAUUUAUAAGUGCGAAAUGAGCGACGAGUUUUAUUAAGCCGACCCGGAGCGGCCAGCAGAAUGGGUUGGGCGUACCGGUUCCUCGACCUGACGCAGGACCAGAAGCAGCAUCGGCGACAGCUCCUUGACACUUACGCUGCGGUAGCUCAGGUCUCCGUCAUCAUACCACUGCUGAUUGCGCAAUGUUACUUUUUCGCCACUUGGCUUAUGAGAAGAUCUCAACAUCGGUCUGACAAUGAGCCUCCGCGAUCGCCACAUGGACACAAUGCGAAGCAUGAUGGUAGCAGAGCAUACGCUGUACUGGCUCGGAAAGUGAGCUGGUGGCUAAGUGAUCCACUGGACCUCUUCGGCUACCAUGUUGGAACCAAGGGCGAGCUAAUAGGAGCAUUCAUAUGGACCUCAUGGUUACUGACGCUCUGCUUCCUACAAUCCGGCGACGACUACCUCCACCUAACCAAACGCUUCGGCAUUGUAGCGGCAUCGCAGCUCCCUUUGCAUUACCUUCUGGCCUUCAAGUCGCCUUACUUCCCACUCCAAACGCUUACCAGAUGCUCCCAUGAGACUCUCAACAAGCUGCAUCAGCAGCUCGGCCGAAUUGUAACCUUCCUCCUGUACCUGCAUGCCGCCUUCUACAUAUACUUCUACGUGCAAAAGGAUAUCCUGAGCACCAAGAUCAAGGAAGCCUACGUUCUCUGCGGCAUCGUUGGUAUCCUUGCAUUCUCAGCGGUCGGCACAACUGCUCUUGCUCCGGUAAGGCGGUGGAGCUAUCGAGUGUUCUACAUGGUGCAUGUGUCGUUGGCUACCGCUCUCCUACCGGUCCUGUUCUUCCAUGUCAGUCAUAUCCGGGUCUACCUUUACGAGACAGCCUUGCUAUAUGCGGGAAACAUUGUUCUGAGAGCGUUGGCGUCGCGAACCUUCUUUGGUAGCAUUCGCAUGUUACCAGAUACCAACCUUAUUGAGGUUGAUGUGCCACUGCAAUUGACGGUCUCUGGGGCCCGUAAAAGCUGGUCGUCGGUAUGGCAGCCGGGUCAGCAUGCAUAUCUAUCCCUCGCAGGACACCCUAUGCUCAGGACCUUCCGAAGCAACCCUUUCACUGUCGCGUCGCUUCCACUCAUAGACGGGUACUACCGCUUCGUGGCAAAGGUCCUGGAUGGCAACACCGCCAAACUUGCUCAAGCAGCGGAUGCGGACAAGGUCGCUUCCAAAAUACCUGUUACUGUGGAGGGCCCCUACGGACUUGCGUCGCACGGUGAGAGGCUGCUCGAGUAUGAUAGAGUUCUCCUCGUUGCAGGUGGCGUCGGCGCGACGUUCAUCGUACCGUUGUAUCGGCAACUGCUCGCAGACUUGAGUCCGAGUAAAGGCAGCUAUCGGAGGCAGAAGGUUAGCUUCCUGUGGACGGUACGAUCGAAAGCCGAAAUCACCUGGGCAAUACCAGAGGACAGUAAGGACAGGGAGAGCUUUUUGGAAAGGCUGAAUGUGUGCAUUACAGGCUCCGCUGACGAUCUGGGCUCGACUGUCAAUGGGAGCUUCGCCAUAGGCGCUGCGGAAGAAGACAAGGUGCCGUACGGCGAGACGGAUGAUGGCAUUGAGCUCGAGGAGCAGAAGCAGCUACUCUCGAGCAAGGCUGAGAGUGGUGUGAGAGGCGCCGCUGACACCAUCCCCACCUUCGCUGGCAGGCCAAAUGUGGCGAGGGUGGUCGACCAGCUCUUCUCCCAUGGCGCUGGUGCGGAGAAAGUCGCAGUCGUCGUAUGUGGGCCAAGGAGCCUGAGCCAAGCAUUGAGACGUGAGUUGCGCAAGUGGGUGUGGCGGGCCCGCGAGGUCUGGUUUUGGGAGGAGAGCUUCGCGCUAUGAGCGCUGAGGAUGCGUUACUCAGACGACCGAUUUCGGCAAUGACAGAUCUUUUGUACCGGGUUGCUGGACCAUUGUACGUGCAGCUAGUCGUACCAUCAGCGGAUGGAAUAAGCGCUGUAAGCCUUUGUAUGGCCAUGGUGGCCACAAGACACACUGUCUCUGACGCAGGACAACCUGUCAGAUGUACUGCCGGCGGUGAGCUGCCCUUCUCGGACUGUCUUGGACGCACCCGGCGG